AGUGGCCCAAGAUUGUUUGCGUGAGCGUUGGGUUGAGCACCAUGUUCUCGCAGUGAUAAACGACUCGCCAAUGAGAGCUCUGUUUGCAUAGUGCUUGUAAAACAAAUGGGUUGCGGGUGCAGUAUCAAGGGCAAUGGAAACGUGGAGAAACCAGAACACCCGACCGCCAACCAAGCGCAGCCAGUGGCGGAUGUGAUGCCGCGUCCGGGGGUCAUGGUGUCCCCCUGGAGUGAUUGGUCCUUACGCGCAGGUGCCGAGCUCGAGCCGCUGCUUGAGUGCACCACGCUCGUUUGCGUGCGUUGGCUUGUAAAACUGGGUGAGAGGGGCGGCGUGAUACCAGCGUGGCAAAAUCUUCCAGCCGAGGCCAAGGUCUCCAUUGACGACCUGCGCAGUUCGGUUGGGCGCGUGGAAGGUGGACCGUACGGUUUGUACUACGGGUUGCCGGUGCUCGUGCUGUCGUACCCGUGGUGGACUCAGAGACACCCAGACCCUGAAGGCGCGCAGCUCCGCAUGUUGUUACCCAUAUUCCGGGCGAUCGUGGCUAACCUCGACAGCAUGGACGAGAGCAUGAGGUUGACGUGGGGUGUGGUGUGGGAUUUCUGUGCCUUUCCCCAGCGCGGCUACUCGGCGCGGCCUGGCCGGGACUCGGCCCUGACGGACGGGGAGGACCGCAGUGAGGAAGAGGUGUCGCGCUUUCGCGCGGGCCUCAGUAGCGUCAAUGUCUGGUACAUGCACCCGUACGUGUGGACACUCCUUGUAGACACGCCGAUCACCGACGCGUCGGCAACUUACAAGCAGCCGUAUCGAGAGCGUGGCUGGCCUACCUUCGAGAGGUCGGUCGCCGCACUCGUCAAGAAUAUGGCGAACCUGCUCUCGCUCGAGCGCUACAUUGCGGCGGAGAUGCCCAACUGGCUUUCCAUCGUCGAGGGCUGCCGCGCUGGCCGGGCCGCCCCCCUGGCGCCGCCGGCCUUUUCGGCCAUGAUGCGCAAUGCCGUCGGGAGCGGGGCCCUCAGGGUGACCAACGGGUCCGACGUGGAGGAGCGCCUGAUCCCGCAGUACGAGCUCGGCUUCAAGAGGGCGUACUCGACGCCGUGGAUCAGGGAGAUGUGGUACUCGAGCAGUGGCGAAGCGUCCUGGCUGACCUACAGGCCCACUAAUGAAUGGUCUAAUAACCUUUUGUGGUCUGCACGAAAUGUUCUUAGAGCAUUUCUGGCUGGGGCUGUCUUGUUAUACUACAUCGGCCUAUAUGAUAAGAGCACUGCUUCUGUUAUUAGAUCAUGUCGGGUUCGAAGACCACUUCGUGGCAAGCCUAUAGGAAUGUCGGGACGGUCGGUCCCUGCUCAAGGUACGCAGGGCAGUCCUGGACGGACGAGCACAUCGCCCAGCUCGCGGUGGCGUUGCGGUUCGCGCACGAGGAGAUCGAGGGCGGCGGCGGACUGCGCGACAUCGAGGAGCUUCACCUGGGCCUCAAUGAGCUUUCCGAUGCUGGCAUGCGAUCGCUUCUCGAAGUCUUCUGGCUUCCUGGCGUGCUGCCGAAACUCCAGAUGCUCUCCCUCGAUGACAGCAGGGUCGGUACCGAAUCGGUGCAAGAGUUCGCCGAGCUUCUGGAGAGCGGCGAUGCCCUUCAGGCACUCAAUGAAGUCCUUCUGGAAAAUACCUUGGCGAGCGAUGAGGCGGUCCAGCGCGUCCGUUUGGCGCUCCGACGCCGACGCCAGGCGUUGCACUUCGCCAAACAAUCUGACAUAACCGAUCUCUAUUGCAUGGUGCCCAGACACCGAAAGUGACCCCCCGCUACUGAUCGUGCCUCGUAAGGACGACUUGGGAUUGAUAUCAGCGAACGGCAGGUAUCUAUCAAGUCAA